AUGGCAACAGCACAGCCGGAGAAGACCCGGCGUCAUUGGCGAGUGCUUCAGAACGCGCUGCUGCGCUCAACGUCCAAUGGAGCUCCAGCACCAGUCGAUGCCACGGGGUCCACCGCAUCGUCCAUCGCCACCGAGUUCUUCCCGCUGUAUCCAGAGACUCCAGUUGAUACGGCAAAAGUGCAGAUGAGUUCUCCUGCGCAGGAAAAUUUCAUGUGGAUGGCCUACGACUUGUCAUCGACAACGAAUAAGCAGGUAGAUAGAUCGUCGAAGGUGUUUGUGCAUGAGAAACGAAAGGACGUGAAGCGAGUAUCUAUCGCAGAAUUACUGAGCCAUAAAGUUAACGAGGGCGUGGAUAACACAGGCAACAUCCGCACGUGGCCGUCCGAACAGAUUUUGCUGUCAUACAUGCUAUCAAGCGGCGUGUGCUCGCAGGUACAGCGACGCGGAGCUGGAGGCGACGUGUUACCUGUUAUGUGCUGCGAACUGGGCAGCGGCAUGGCAGGUCUGGCCAGCCAGGGGUUGUUGGCUUGUGCACCGGUGGACUUUGAGCGCGUCGUGGUGACGGAUGGCAACCCACUCUCCGUGAAGAACCUGCAAUUGUGCAUUGAAGAGAACAAGAUACAGCAAGUAUUUGCUGCUCGUGCUCAACAUACAGACAUCACGGCGGAGCUGCUGCGGUGGGACCGUAACGCCACAUUGCGUGAGGACCUGCAACACCAGUUCGACCUCGUGUUCGCCAGCGACUGUCUAUUCUUCGAGGAGUUCCACGAAGACCUCGCGUACACCAUCAAUAGUCUACUGCGCCGAGGUUCUGGACGCUGUCUGCUCUUACAGCCAAGCCGCAAUGGCUCCAUGGAGCGCUUCUGCGUCAUCGCCGAGCGCCAUGGCUUCAUCAUCAGCCAGUCCCGAGAUUUUGACCCCAAGAUCGUCCGCAAACAUGAAGAAUACGUGCAAACACGGCCAGAUUACGUGCCUGACGUACACUUUCCGGUGCUGCUCACACUCACUUUAGCAACUUCGUAA